AUGUCCGGGUCGAACAACCACCUGGAAUCUAAGCGGGUAGAACAAGAUAGCGUCGCUCGCCUUCAUGGUGGCGGGAAACGCAAGCUCUCGAAUGUGCCUGGGUUUGCACGACUAGAUCUGAACCGGCGAAGAAUUAUGAGAAACCGUGAAAUACAAGCAUGUUACCAAUGUCGGUCGAGAAAAACCAAAUGCGAUCAAUCUAAACCUCGUUGUCAGAAGUGCUUAGCGCAUCAUCGCACUUGCAGCUACCAAGCCAGUGACGCCGAGAUAGGAGACUUGUUUGAUCCCUUUAAGAAGUCCGAUCCUCCACCUAUAAAUGACCAACCUGCCAGUCCAUAUGAGGGCGCCCCGCAGAAGAUGGACGCUACGGUCCGACUCAAUCAGCUAGGUCAUCUCAGAGCCGGCAACAACAUCCAGUCUCGGUAUUACUCGAGUUUGUCAUGGAUGACCGCGACAGAAAAUUUCGAAGUUACGACACCUCUGUCUGGAGAAGAAAUAAGUUCGGAUGUGACAGGAUCAUGCGAGUUAGCUUCACCACCUGGAUAUGUCCAACGUCACGUAAAUAUACCAGCAGAAAACCUCGACGCUUUCCUUCAAAAUCACGAGGUAGAUUACCUCAUUUCGUGGUACUCAAACCAUUGUCAUUUCUGGCAUCCUAUUUUUGAUAUUUUUAAGAUCACAAAAUCUCUUCAUACCUUCCGACGGCAGCAGAAAGCCCCGCCAACCUUCCUGGCGCAGGUGGCAGCGAUUUGCUACACAGCAACCUGUUCAAUAACUGCUUCUGGGGAGCUCCGAUCGCCGAGUCUAACCCCAGCGUCAACUUGGCGAAACAUGACGGAGCUUUUCCUUUCAUUAUCUGACUACCCUCUCCGUCCAUGCCUUGAUACCGUGCGAGCUGCAUACCUCCUUGCAACGCCGAGCUCCGCGGAAGAAAACGCAUUUCUUGAUCCUGGUCCGUUAUGUGUCCUCUUGCGAGUAGCGCAAUCUCUUGGUCUCCAUCGAGAUCCAUCCUCCUUUGGUUUGCCACGUUGUGAGGCUGACUUGAAGCGGGUGUUAUGGUGGUCAAUUCAUGCUCUGGAAGUCUCCUAUUCUGUGUCUCAUGCGCUGCCACCAAUAGUACAUCAUGGAACUUUCGACGUGAAGGUCAUCAACAGUGAAGGCAGGUCGUAUCGCAAGCUGAUCAGUACUAUCUCGCGGGUAAGCGUUGUGAUGUCGAAAAUUUUGUAUGAAAUAUAUGGCACCCGUCAGCCGAUUUAUGCCGUGAUCCGGAAACUGGGCGAGGAAGCCGCCCAGACCUGUACUGACGAGGCUGAGGAUCAUCAGCUGCCUCAUAUCGCGGCACUUGAUAGAUUCAUUGAUCUAAGUCAACGGAUGUGUUGUUCAAAAAUGGUUUAUAUUCUUCAUCAGCCAUUCUUGCGAUCUACACAAUGGCCCCGGGAUUCCAGACCGAGGGCCAUUCGGGCUUGUCAAGACUAUAUCGAAGCUUUCUUGGCUAGUUUCACCGACCCCGCCUUAACAUGCUACCGCUGGGUUCUGAAUCACUUUAAUGCUAUACACCCUUGCGCCAUUUUGCUGCAGGAUCUUAUCCAAAAUCCCCUGUCUGCCGAAUCAACUACGAUCCGCGUGACGGUCGAAGCAUGCUUUUCAACCCUUUCAACAGAUUUACAUUACAACCUGAUGAGGCUUUCAACGCUUCGUUCAAAAGCGUGGGCCACGAAUCAAUGGAUCCCGGAAGAAUCCAUGGCCUCAGCUUCCGUGUUGGAUGCCAGUCUUUCCGAUUGGGAUCCCCUUUUUGCAUCCCUUAUGUGGGAUGAUUUCUCACUGCAGGGCAUCUAA